AUGGUCCCCUCGUCCGCGUUCCACGCCCGAGUCGGGCCGUCGUGGUCUUCGCUUUAUAUCAUUGUGUCACUGUUCCUUUUCUCCGUUGUGACUGUGGCCAAUGCGCUGGCGUAUGAGCCACAGAAACCUCUCGCUGAGACAGGGAUUCCAUCGGAAGGUUCUUCUGCCACGCUUGACGAUUUGUCCACCGAGACCGAUCUCGGAGAUGGCGAUGUGACGGUACCGUUGAGCCUAGCACGUCCUGCUGAGACGUUGCAGGAUCUCCUCGAUGCGUUGAAUGUCAUGCAAGAUGAAUACUUUGUACUAUGGCUAGGCACGUGGCCAUCUAGCAUCGAUUGGACUGCCGCCGUUUUGGGGACACAUGUCGCCGCGACACUGUCGUCUUUCUCAUCCAGCGGGCUUGACAUCAUUGAAGACGACAAAUCGCACGAGUCCUCCUUUUCUACCUUUGAAAACACCGUCAAUUACUUCUUCAGUCAAACCAGUACAUUCUACUUUGGCGAGAAUGCUUUCAGUCUGCGCAACCAGGCCUACGACGACAUGCUUUGGGUCGUGCUGGACUGGCUGGAGAAUAUCAAAUUCCAGGACCUACACUCGAACCUUUACUAUUCCGGUUCGAAUUCUUCUUCGGUCAAUGCCUCUUCGCAGGGCUGGUAUGGCACGCAAUUCCGUGACGCCGCAGCACACCGAGCGCGGAUCUUUUACGAGCUUGCCUCGGCUGGGUGGGACAAGACCCUAUGUAACGGUGGGAUGAAUUGGAAUCCCAGGUUGAUCCCGUACAAGAAUGCCAUUACAAAUGAGCUUUAUAUCUCCGCCAGCAUUGCGAUGUAUCUCUAUUUCCCCGGUGACCCCAUCGAUGCGCCCUUCCUCGCCAACUCGCAGAGCAAAGGACCCUCGCAGCGAUACCCGCACAAUCCGACUCAUCUUAACGCUGCAAUCGAUGCAUAUGCAUGGCUCAAGAACUCCAACAUGACCGGGAUCUGGGGUCUCUACGCUGAUGGCUUCCACAUUAGCGGCUGGCGUAGCUCGGAGGAGCCGGGAUCCCGCAAAUGCGACGUCCUCAACACGAUGGUGUACACAUACAACCAAGGCGUUGUUCUCAGCGGACUUAGAGGACUAUGGCUUGCCACCGGCGACCAGGACUACCUACGAGAUGGCCACGAGCUGGUCCACAAGGCUCUGCGCGCCACAGGAUGGCCGCAGACAUCUUCCACGAAAUGGGCGGGUCUUGGACGUGGCGGCGUGUUGGAAGAAGCGUGUGACUCGCAUGCAAGUUGCUCGCAGAACGGGCAGACCUUCAAGAGCAUCUUCUUCCACCAUCUGGCAGAGUUUUGCCGGCCCCUGCGGCAACAUGAGGUUGGGUUCUUGGAGAACGAGACACGGCAGCCGGUAGCCGAAGAUGACUGGGAUGAGGUGUUUGACAGGCAUCUACGGCGUUGUCGUGCCUAUGGUCCCUGGGUAGAGCAUAACGCGCGAGCUGCGCUCGUGACUCGCGACGAUGACGGCAAGUUCGGCCAGUGGUGGGGUCUUCCAUUCCGAGAGUUCAUGGUCUCGAGUGAUAUCGUGAAUAGUAGUACUCUCCCUCCCGGUGCGGUGGACUACCGCAACGACGGGUUCGACGCGGAUGCUGCGACUGACGUUGUUCCUCGAGACUUUAACGACCGGGGCCGUGGUCGCACUGUUGAGACGCAAGCUGGUGGUGUCGCUGUCCUGCGAGCCUUACUGCAGUGGCAGACCACUGAUGCCCUUUUAUGA